UAUUGCUCGUUUUAGAAAAAAGGGGGAAGUGUAGUCAUCGAAACCGCGCGGAGAGGGAACGGGGAAGAGAAGAGAAGAAGUCGAAGAAGCAAACCCUAGAAGAAAUGGCGGAGAAAUUGGCACCGGAGAAGCGCCACAGCUUCGUACACAACGGUCAGAAGGUGUUCGAGUGGGACCAGACUCUGGACGAGGUAAAUAUGUACAUAAGCCUUCCACCUAACGUUCUUUCGAAGCAAUUCUACUGCAAGAUUCAGUCGAAACAGGUCGAAGUCGGCAUCAAGGGCAACCCUCCGUACCUUAAUCACGAGCUUACAAGUCCAGUGAAGACGGACUCUUCUUUCUGGACCAUAGAGGAUGAUAUAAUGCACCUAACACUGCAGAAGAGGGACAAAGGUCAGACCUGGUCUUCACCCAUUGUGGGUCAGGGUCAGCUGGAUCCUUACGCAACCGAUCUUGAGCAAAAGCGUCUCAUGCUUCAGAGAUUUCAAGAAGAGAACCCAGGUUUCGACUUCUCGCAAGCACAAUUUUCCGGGGCCUGUCCUGAUCCAAGGACUUUUAUGGGUGGGGUGCGGACUGGUUGACAAUCUUGGUAUGAUGCAUUGCUUCUUAAAUUUGUAUAUGUAAGAUAUAGUAAAUGAAAUGAUCUUUAUCUUAUUCCCAACUUAGGUUUAACUGUGAUAAUGUGAUUAGUUUAUCUCCAAAGUCCUCAUGCAAAGCGCUGUAAGAACUUAAUUAACAUUAAAUGGAAUAUGUUGUGGCUUAUUUAUUCUAA